AUGCCGAGUAGUUUGGAAACACGGCACACGUGGCAGGUGCCUCCAGAUGUAACUUUGGUCGAAAGAGCAGUGCUGGAUCUCAACGAGCGGGACUUGUGGCAAGGCCAAAACCUUGACGCCAACUCCUUGCUGGCACUGCGCUGCUUAUCGGAGGACCAGGCAAUGGACCUGGUGGGAGCUUUGUAUUCUAAAGGCUCUGGCAAAGGUGGAGUUGGAGUCAGCAUCUCCAACCCCAACAAUUACCUCCAGGCAGCCGUUGCAAAAAUUAUUCGAGAUGGUGGUACUUCCGGUGGAAUGAACUUCACUGGAAACCAGACGAGGCAGAAAGCCGCUGAGCUGGGGCUCUCUUUGGAGGAUCAGACCCUUCAAGUCCUGGCUCGUCUUCCUCUCCGCUCCUCUGUGCAACUGUUGCAGUCGGCAGUGGCGGCGCAGGCGGAAGGAGCGGAUCCCAAUUCCGUUAUCGUUGCAGAGGCGCAGGGUAUGUCAGGCGAGCUUGACGCAGGCGACUUGUCCUGCAUGGCAUGGCACAUCAUUGGCACAUACCGCGCACAUCUGCUCAUCGACCAGAGUGUACCGGAAUGGUUUCCUACCGGCCUUUUCGGAACUCUGGGAGCUCAGACGCGCAAGAAGAAUGGCCAGGGAACCGGACUUCUCGCGCAAGAGGCCGCGAGAGGUCGGCCAGGGGAGGUGUCGCAGCCUGAGCCGCUGAAGUCUUGUGUACGCCGUGUACGCAUAGAGCUGAUUUGGCCCACGUCUUCUCAAGGAUCGGUCUAUUUGUUUCUAGCUGUGCUCUUUGCUGCAAAAGUGCCCCGAAGGUGCCAGGAGCAAACUGCGAUCGCACGAACAUUCAAUGAGGAGCGUUUUGAGGAGUGGGAGGAUCGAUUGAAGCACGAGCGCGCCAAGGCUAAGGUUGAGGAGCGAAAGCAGAUCAUCGUGGCAGCGGACAUUGCGCAGGCAGUGGUCUUUGCCGAAGAGGCAGGCCAAGCGAUGGGUUCCAACGGAAGGUCAUGGGACGCACGAGCCGUGGCCCCGCUCUUAGCCAGUGCCUGCAGCGACUUGCAGCAUGACGUGUCAUGGGACAACGAGAGCACGUCAGAUGGCGCCAGUGACAGUGACGAGGUCAUGCUGCUCAGCUUGCGUGGCACGCUUGCUCAUGUGGUGCUGGAGAGCAAGCGUUUCACGCUCAUGGCUGCCGAUUGGCUGCCCAUGCUUGCGAAAGGGCGUCUUCAGGAAAUGAGUGUCGAUGACUGUGCUUUGCCAGUCUUGCCCACUGCUGGGGAGCUUGGGCAGCACAUCCAACUGUUGGAGAAUACUUCAGAUGGUGCCGCUCAAGCACUCUGCUGGCAAUUGGCGUUGUUUCGCCAAGUGGUUCUGGGAAUAGCGGGCGCAAGUGGCGAACAGCUGUCCGACUUUACUUGCGAGCUACUUCGAAUGGGCCAGCGAAUUAGCAGCUCAGCGGUGCAAGCCGGGCAGCCGCGGCGUGGCCGGGCUCUGCUGCAGCUUGGCGCGCCGAUCCGCACCAUGGCCCUGUCGCGGGCGCUCUUCCGGUCUCCCACUGCGACCCCCUUCGUGGCCGUGUGGCUCCCUGAAAACUUCACGGCUGAGAGCACGCUACGGUUUCUGAAGUUCGAAGCCGGCUCAGGUGUCAGAUUUGUAGAUCUCAAACUUGCAGCGCUGGCCAUGGCACAGCUCUUCAUGCGGAAAGACGAUGCCUGCCUGGCACUUCAAUACAGUCGCCACAUUGCUGCAUUGCUGCCAUAUGGGGGCUGUCGGUUUAAACUACGCCUGGACCUCACCUUCUCCAACCUGGUAGUCACGGAAGACGUGCUCAUGCGUUGCCGUCUUCUGGGUAAUGCCUGGAGCACGCUUUCCACGAAGUAUGCGGCGAAGCUGCGCGAGUUGCAUGUGCAAUAUGGCUUGAAGGAGAAGGAGUGGCAGAUCGCACCUUCCAGAGGCCGAGUGGUUGUGCAUUCCUUGUGCGACUCGAGUUUUGCUGGAGGAAACUUGGAGAACAUAACUUUCAACAUCACCGAGCACAACCAUAAGUCCUACGCGGGGCGUUGGGGUUAUGAGUAUACAAUGCAUCAGCAGACGCCCUUGGCAGAACAAGAGCCCCAAUUCGGGAAGCUGCAGAUUGCCAUCGACGCGUUGAGACAUGAAGAACCCCCAGAUUGGUUCCUGUGGCUGGACUGCGAUGCUUUGGUUGCCAAUCGCUCCAUCUCGGUGGAGUCCCUCAUCCGAACUUAUCAGCUCUCCGAGAAGGUUUUCGUUGUGGCGGAGGAGGUGUCGGGGAUCAACUCAGGAGUUUUUCUGGUGAAGGGGGGGAAGGAGAGGCGGGGUCUCCAGUUUCUGGAAGAGGCGAUGCAAAGUGACUGGCGCUUUGUUUGGGAUCAAACCAUGCUUUUCCAACAGAUGGCCCAAGAGUCUGACCUCCUCGGUGCCACUCUGUGCGAGACUGAGACCUGGAGUGAUUUCCAGUGGGCCAUGAACCUGUAUGGUGAGGGUUCUGCCUUGCAAUGGGGUGCUUCUGCCUGGAAGCCGGGGGACUUCAUCUUGCAUCUGGCCGGCUGCCCCCUGAUGGAGCCUGAGUGCCACGGAACCUUUCAGCAAAUCGCAGCCUGGGUUGAGGCACACAACUAG